AUGUGUCCUGUCAUGUCCUGGCUGCUCUGCCUGUGCCUCUGGGUCAGUGUGACUGCCAUUCAGCUGUGUCAGGCCACUUUCUACGACACCAUCCAGCAGCAUCAUGGGACGAGGCCUGGACGAACCACCAUCCACAUGAUUGAGGGGGGCACAUGUGAAGUAAUCGCUGCUCACCGAUGCUGUAAUAAAAAUCGUAUUGAGGAGCGGUCUCAGACGGUCAAGUGUUCUUGCCUGCCAGGGAAGGUGGCUGGAACCACCAGAAACAGACCUUCAUGUGUCGACGCAUCCAUAGUAAUUGGGAAGUGGUGGUGUGAGAUGGAGCCUUGCCUGGAGGGGGAGGAAUGCAAGACGCUCCCUGACAACUCGGGCUGGAUGUGUUACGCCGGCAACAAGAUCAAAACCACAAGGAACACUCAGCCAUACACAACAUCAACAUAUUAA